AACACAUAGCGCGUCACAGCAGCAGAUUGCAGGCAGAGCGUCAGAGCAGAGAGGAUAUAGCCGCACAGAAGCAAAGCAAGCACUGCCAUUAGACACUGAAGCAGGAGAUAUACCACUGGGUACCAACAAUACUGGCUGGGAACAUACACUGUGUGUGGAAGAGAGGCUGUGUAUGUGAACAGAGAGAACAGCACAGCGUGAUACAGCCCUGGAUCAGUGUGUCGUUAAUGAGAAGCGUUGGGGAGAAUGAGUCUUGACCCUGUUCUGGUCAUGAAGGGGCAAGACCCCAUGCCCAACACCUGUCCGCCAGCCUCAAACGGUGAUAGCAAAGCAUCCUGGGAGGACAGCAAGGAAAUCCAUGAAAAUACGGGUGCUACAAAGAAGCCCAAAUCAACAAAUCUGUAUACCUGUGACGUGGAGGUUGAUAUGAAAUGUCAUUUUAUGAAGGGACCUGUAAGACGGGCCAGGAAGGUGGAGGGAGGCAUAUUCUUUCCCAAACCAGAGAACGCAGUCACCAUUGCAGUGUCAUCGCGGGUUCUGUUCCGCACAGAGAAAGAGCAGAUUGUUUUUGAGCAGCAAGGAAUAGAGGAGUACCUCAGGUAUCAGGUGGAGCACGAGAAUGAGCCCUUUGCUCCUGGUCCAGCAUUCCCGUUUGUUAAGGCACUGGAGACAGUAAACACCCGGUUGCGGGAGCUCUACCCAGAAAGUGAGGAGCUUUUUGACAUUGUGCUGGUAACUUAUAACCAUGCCCAUGUAGGCGUCAGACUCAUCAACACCAUCAACUACCACAAUCUAUUCAUUGAGCGGUUCUGCAUGACAGGAGGUACCAGUCCCAUUGGGUACCUGAAAGCGUGGCAUACAAACUUGUACCUGUCUGCCGAUACUGAAAAGGUUCAGGAAGCCCUCGCUGAAGGGAUUGCAGCAGCCACCAUGUUUAUGUCAGAUAAACAAAUCGAGGUAUCCGAGACCCAGCUGAGAGUGGCAUUUGAUGGCGACGCUGUUCUCUUCUCUGAUGAGUCUGAGCGUAUUUUUAAAGCCCACGGCCUGGACAAGUUCUUCGAACAUGAGAGGGAAAAUGAAAACACAUUGUUAGAUCAUGGGCCACUGAAGAGUUUCCUGGAAUUGCUUGGGAAGCUUCAGAAGAAAUUCUAUGCUAAAGGCCACCGCCUGGACUGUCCCAUCCGCACCUACCUCGUGACGGCCCGCAGUGCAGCCAGUUCAGGCAUCCGUGCCUUAAAGACUCUCCGUGCCUGGGGACUAGAGACUGACGAGGCUCUUUUCCUGGCCGGCGCACCGAAAGGCCCCAUGCUAGAGAAAAUCCGGCCCCACAUCUACUUUGAUGACCAGAUGUUCCACGUGGAAGGUGCCGCAGAAAUGGGUGCCAUCGCUGCACAUGUGCCCUAUGGGAUCGCACAGAAAUACCCUCAUAAAAAAAGCACCAAUACAUCCAAAUAAAAAGAUAGGGAAGACAUGAAGAGGUACAUAUUGUUCUUAUUUUGGACGUGACGUUCAAGUUUCAGACAUUCUUUUUUAAACUCAGUUGUGCACUCAUUGGCUCAGGAUCUCAGUAUUCUCCUGGCCUUUUUUCCAUGUGACCUAUGCAAGGCCAUACACAACAUACAGCCAAAAAGAUUCAGCCAAGUGCUGAUCUUUUGGAGUUAUUCUGUCCAUGACUCUUGAAAUAUGCAUUAUGAUAAUGAAAUUUGACCACUGUGCCUCUUGUAAAGCACUACAAUGAACGGUCAUCUAAGCAUACGCUUCUCAGCGACAGUUUGUCGAAAAACACGACAUUGACUUACUGUUAAAAGUGAAUGCGUGCUGCUAUUCUUGUAUGUAAAGUGACAUCGAUACUGAAACGGUGUUUACACGGUGUGUGUUUUGAACCGCACUGUAUAAUUCAGCAAUUGACUGUGAUGGUGUUGUUGAUUAUUGCUGUAGAUGCUGUUGUGUGAGUAAAACUACAGUAUUCUUAUGUAGUAGUCUAAUGUAUGUGGUCGUAUACGAUGGAUUGUUAGUCUAUAAUAUAAUGUUCGACAUUGAUAAGAAGCCAUAUUUUACAUAUGAGAGAAUUAAUUAUUCAGAAUAUAUAGAAAUCUAUAGAAAGUAUAUUUUCAUCGUUUUACGUGUAAUUUUCUGUUUUUCUUAUCUGGAUUCAAUAUACAUACUGUUCAAAAGUUGGGGUGAGCAAUUUUUUUUUUUUUUUUAAGAAAUUAAUACUUUUAUUCAAUAAGGAUGAAUUAAAUUGAUCAAA